AUGAACAACGCGGCGGUUGGUUUUCUUCUUUGUUUGGGCGCCGGCAGUGCCACGGCCUUGGGCGCGUCGCUUGUCUUUCAUAACAACGUGGUAAAAUUGGCGAACAAGCGGGUUCUUGCAAGCGGGCUAGCCCUCGCCGCGGGCGUCAUGCUCUACAUCUCCUUCAUCGAGAUUUUCUACAAGGCGGUAGACGGGUUCCAGGAAGUGGAACUGGAACAGAUGGGCACCCUGUCCAGUGAGGAAACUGCGAAGACCAAUCAGGAAGACAAGGCGUACAAGCAGGCCGUCUGGCGGAGCUACCUGACCUUUUUGUCCGGGGUGGUGCUCAUGAUGCUUCUGGACAAACUGGUACAUCGCUUAGCGGAGGGAACCGUGCUGAUGAGCAGCAGCCCCAGUAGUGGAGGUGCACCUGAGCAAGAACUACACGGAGUCGAAGAAGUGGGGGGCGUACAAAUAGGGGAGCAUCCGGCGCACAACGAAGAUGAUCUUCACGCUGGCGCCUUGGCCAUGACCAGCUCUGAAGUUGUCAUCACGCCAGAGCGAAUGAUGGCUGAAGAUCAGGAGGAUGUCGAGGACCAUAAUCGCAUUCCUCAGAAAGAGACCACGAUAGCAAGUUCCCUGAACAAGACGAAGAACGCGCCGGUCGUGGUUGCACACAAAGCAAGUGUGGACGAACAAAACAAGGUUGACCUCGAACUGCAGGAUCUGUCCGCCUCACAGGUGAACGAAUCUGCGUCGUCCUCGACGGUAAAUUCGACACAGAAACAAGUCCAAGAGCAGCUCCUCUCCACGAUGGCACUAAAAACCGCGCUCGCGAUCGCGCUGCACAAUUUCCCCGAGGGAUUGGCCACCUUCAUCGCGACUCUGGACUCCGUCGAAGUGGGCGCGGCGAUGGCGUUUGGCAUCGCGAUUCACAACAUUCCCGAGGGCUUGUGCGUCGCGAUCCCGGUGUUUUACGCCACGAACAAUCGGAGAAAAGCCUUUUUCUGGGGGUUGUUUUCCGGGUUGAGCGAACCGCUGGCGGCGCUACUCUGCUGGGCAUUUCUCAAGUAUGGCUUUGACGAAGUGAAUGGCACCAUCUACGGGAUCCUCUUCGCCUUGGUGGCGGGCAUGAUGGUCUACAUUAGUUUGCACGAGCUGCUCCCAACGGCCUAUCGCUACGACCCGAAGGACGCCGUCGUUACCAUCAGCUGGCUUUUCGGCAUGGCCAUCAUAGGAGCGAGUCUCCUGCUGCUACUGCCGGACGGGGAAAGAUGAAAGCUCCUGUGCCGAUUGAUGCAGUGCAUGUGGAUUCAUAAUCAUAUUGAUGCACAGAACUUUUCGUAGGCAUGCGCACCCAGGCUUACUACACCUGAUAAAUGAGGUCGUCGUUCUGGUGCAAGCAUCUUCACGUCGAUCUUCUCUUUUGGCAUCGAGUGCUACCCCACGUUUUGAAGUAAGUACGUGUCUAUCAAAAAAUGUAGAGAUUAAAUUUGUUUCAUGAGAAGUUUGUCGUGGCUUUGUUGGAUGUUUCUUUGUGAAACACCGAAAAAUCAACAGUGCGACCACGUAGAAGCCGCGAAGAAGCGCCUGCUCGCGAGAACAGCAUUUGAUGUACAGCUUUGUGUAACACUACACCUGCUCUGCGAGCGUACUGCUCGCGGACAUCACUAGCACCACAUUGUUUCCGAACAACUUCCGUCCGCUCUCAGAUGUGCCGACGGUAGUUCUCUUGCUACUGUGCUGCUGUUGCUGUACGAUUUUCAACAUUUCGAUGAAUUUACUGUCAACCUUUAUUUUUUAACAGCAAGCUGACU